UCCGUUGCACCCCAUGUUGUCUAGGAGCCAGACGGCCUCGAUGUCCACCAGAGCUACUUCGGCUAGGGCCGCUUCCUCCUCUGUACGUACUCCGCAGUACACAGGGAAGGGUCCAGCGGACGUGGACGAUGAGGACGAGGCCCUUCAGUACUCCACGACUAGUGGCGACGACGACGACGACGAGUUACAGUGGGAGUUCACCGGUCACGAGGAGAUGGGUACCUCACAGCUAGGCGGUGCUCCUAUUGGCACACAGGGGGUGGAGUACACACCGGAGGAGUACACACAGGGGGUGGAGUACACACAGGAGGAGUACAGACACGUCGAGCACCAGGGUACUUCGUCCACACAGGAGACGGACCGUGUCCAUAGGCGGCAGCGAGAGAGGCAGCGGCGAGACCGCACGGACGUGGGGUGGACAAGCAACGUGGUGCCUACCAAUCCUAGGAGGCGACGGAAGCCGCGAAACCGCUACACCCCUGGCGAUGAUUAGUUUAGACAUGUUUAGCAGUUGGGACUUGUCAUGUAGUACCUGCAACAUAUUGUUAUUUCCAGCACGUUGGUA